AUGGCUGAAGGUUUUGAGGUCGAAGUUGCAAAAGUGGAUUUUGAAGAGCUGUUGAGAGAGUCGGAUGUUCGCGGCUACCUGUACGAGCCGCAAUACAGCAACGAACAGUUGCGGAUGAUGGAGGAACAAGAGGCGGUCGAGGCAGCUGCUGCACCCGAUGAGCAAGACCUGCUUGGCGGUCAGGAGGAAGAGCCCGAGCAGGCUCGAGUUGGGUCGGACUGGUGGUGUCAGUGCACUUGCUGUGCGCCUAUGGAAACUGAAAAAGAGUCUUUAUGCUGUUACGAAUUCCACCGAUGCCAAUUUCUUUUGGAAGAGAUGGCGGAUUCAGCUCAUCAAACGGCACCGCUAGCAUGCGUAACCCAGCACCCCAGUUUCGAACCACACAUGGACAUGGGGGUCCUGGAAACCUAUUUCAGGACCCCGAAGAUAAACUGGAAACGCCAACCAAAGCCCGCAGGGAGAAACGGACGUCUUAGUGUAAAACAAUAUCGUCUAACAGCAUACAGACACUUUAUGGAAUGGGUCCUGCAAGGCGAGAGACUGGGGAAAGGCUAUCGUCUUGUUUUGCCUACGUGUGUGGUUCAAUACAUCAGACGCAGAUUUCCAGCUCCUGAUGGGCAAUAUUGUGGAUAUAGAGAGACUGCUGAAGCUCUUGUACAGCUAUGAGUUUUAAAGUGUUUAUUAUUAUUAUUAUUAUUAUUUAAUAAAAAGUUAAAAUUCACAUUUGUUGUGGUUCUUGUUAAAAACCAUUAGUAUUGCUACAUUAUAGUAUGUGUGAAAACUAAUAUACAUGGUUAUGCCUUGCAUCAUCUUUAUAAUUUGAAAGUCUACAUUAGGCUCAUAUUUUUUAACCCUAAAUAAAUUCCAUCAAUGGAAAGAAUACAGGUAGUUUGUGUACAGUAAGUAAUUACUGCAAAAUCAUUGACAGUAACCAUUCACCCUACCUCUACAAGUCAAUAUUUUAGAAAUUAAUGUACACAGAAGUGUAAGAAAAUUUGUUUUAAUAAUAUUCACACACAAAAAUUAUUCUGCCACCAUAGUCAAAAGGUACAUGUUAAAAAUAAAUAAGAUAGACAUUUUUGGUUCUCCAUCUUAGAAGCGGCUUUGGAAAGAACUUAUGGCAGCCUCCUUUGGUGGUUUGGGCACGGGUGCAAUAUUGGGUGGCAGUGAAGGCUGUGGCAGGGCAAGUGAGGAGGUUGGCAUGGUAAACUGAAUGUUUGGGUUGCGUCUUCUAUCCAUGACCUUAUUGAUGAGUGU